UCUCGAGUUUAUGUAGCAGAAGUCAGUCAAGAUCUUGUACAGCAGACAAAAGAAAAACUUGAAAACAGCCCCUGUAAAGAGCUGUUCUCACCCUGUGUGAAGUCUGUUCAUGAGUACCUAAGCGGAGUACCUUUUCAAGAAUACUCAGAAAGCAUGUAUUUUGGCAGAUUUCUCCAAUGGAAAUGGCUAGAAAGACAACCAGUGACGAAAAACACAUUUAGGCAAUACAGGGUAUUAGGAAAAGGUGGUUUUGGAGAGGUAUGUGCAUGCCAAGUACGAGCAACUGGGAAAAUGUAUGCAUGCAAAAGAUUAGAGAAAAAAAGAAUAAAGAAGAGGAAAGGUGAAUCCAUGGCCCUAAAUGAAAAGCAGAUUCUAGAAAAAGUCAAUAGUCAGUUUGUAGUCAAUCUAGCCUAUGCCUAUGAAACAAAGGAUGCACUUUGCUUAGUUCUAACCAUAAUGAAUGGGGGAGACCUGAAAUUCCAUAUCUAUAAUAUGGGAAACCCAGGCUUUGAAGAAGAAAGAGCUUUGUUUUAUGCUGCAGAGAUUCUUUGUGGCUUAGAAGACCUGCACAGGGAAAACACAGUGUACAGGGAUUUGAAGCCAGAAAAUAUCCUGUUAGAUGAUUAUGGCCACAUCAGAAUAUCUGAUUUGGGUCUAGCUGUUAAAAUUCCUGAAGGUGACUCCAUCCGUGGACGAGUAGGAACAGUUGGUUAUAUGGCCCCAGAAGUCUUGAAUAACCAGCGAUACACACUUAGCCCUGAUUACUGGGGAUUAGGCUGCUUAAUCUAUGAAAUGAUUGCAGGACAGUCACCCUUUCGAGGAAGGAAAGAGAAGGUGAAGCGGGAAGAGGUAGACAGGAGAGUCUUGGAGACUGAAGAGGUGUAUUCCCAUAAAUUCUCUGAAGAAGCAAAGUCUAUCUGUAAAAUG